AUGACGGUGAGUAUCCAGGAUAAGAAGGUGAAAAGAAGAGAAGCAGCACUAAAGAGAAUGAAGAAUCUUGGAGACCAAGUGGUUAAGUUCUGCAUGUCCAUCGCGGCCAAACUCCAAGGACACAGUAAGAACAAACCAAGGGGAUCGUCCAAUCAAACAAUGGAUGAUCAGAACAAACCAAGGGGAUCGUCCAAUCAGACAAUGGAGGACAAACCAAGGGGAUCUUCCAAUAAGACGAUGGAGGAUCAGAACAAACAUGAUGAUGCCAAGACCAGCAAUACUAGUUCACUGAACAAUAAAAAUACUAGUGCAACUAGUACCUUCAUAUUUAAAUGCCAGUUCUGCCAUGAGGAAACUCCUCUACUAAACGCAUUCCAUAUAAAGGGUUGCAACCAUUUUUAUUGUCCCCCAUGCAUUGUCAAAUUCGUGGUGUCCAAGCUCCAUGAUGACAUCACGUCCAUUAUGUGCCCGGUAUCAUACUGCAGUACUGGAGUGUUAGACCUCGAGUACUGCCGGAGAAUCCUCCCGAAGGAUGUUACUGAUCGAUGGGAAAAAGCCUUGUCCGAAAAUAAUAAUAAUGUUAAUAAUGUGACUACCGGGCUGCCAUCUGACAAGUACUUGAACUGUCCCUUCAAGGCUUGCGCGGCAUGGUUGAACUUCGCUGAAGUACGGGAUUAUCUGCACAUGAUGAAGAAGGGAAGGCUACUACCUUCUGGAUUUCGGAGCGGGUUUAGCAUCGAGAACAAGUAUUUGUGUCCUAGUUGCAACAGAGAGUUUUGUAUCAAGUGUAGGGUUCCUUACCAUUCCGAAUUCAAUUGUUUCUUGUAUCAGAAACUGAAGGUCAAUGGGGGCGGUGAAGAAGGGAUGGUGAUGUACCUUGCAGGGAUGAAACAAUGGAAGCGGUGUCCAUGCUGCAACUACUAUGUGAUAAAAGAGGACAGCAGCUGCAGCAUCAACUACGUCACAUGCUGGUGUGGAUAUACUUUCUGUUACUAUUGUCUAUUACCAUCAGGUAGUCAUCAGCAUGAUAAAGGCAAAUGUAAACCCAUUUUCCCGGCUUAG